AUGAGGCAGGUUUCUGGUCCCUCCAAUUCCGGUGCUUCGAUGCAUUUUAAUGAGGAACCUUUUGAUCAACGCUUUGAAAUUGCUGAAGAGCUCGGGAAUGGACAGUUUGCUUGCGUUCGAAGGGUAAUAGACCGCAAUAGUGGUAUUCAGUAUGCCGCUAAAUUCAUCAAGAAGCGCCGAUAUGCAACAUCGCGUCGGGGUGUUACUCGUGCCAAUAUAGAGCGUGAGGUUGAUGUAUUACGCACAGUUGGAGGGCAUGAUAACACUGUUCAGCUGUUUGAAGUUUAUGAAUCGUUAACAGAUGUUAUUCUUGUUUUGGAACUUGUUCCUGGUGGUGAGCUGUUUGAUCAUGUUAGUUCAAAAGAAUGCCUUGACGAACCUGAAGCUGCUGCUUUCAUUCGUCAGAUAUUGAACGGCGUUAAACAUCUUCAUGAGCGGCAUAUCGCUCACCUUGAUAUAAAGCCGGAAAACAUUAUGCUCCAGAAGAAAGGAGAGACAAAAGUCAAACUAAUUGACUUUGGGUUGUCAAGACGGAUUUUACCAGGGACAGUAGUUAAGGAUAUGAUAGGCACUCCAGAAUUUGUUGCUCCUGAAGUAGUGAAUUAUGAGCCACUUUCUACUGCAACUGAUAUGUGGGCAGUUGGUGUUGUCGCUUUCAUCUUGUUAAGCGGAGGGUCACCUUUUCUAGGUGAUACACGUGAAGAGACUUUUGUAAAUAUUUCUGCUGUGAACUAUCAUUUCAACGAGAGGUAUUUUGAUCAUAUUUCCGCUAAUGCUAAAGAUUUUAUUUCUCGGCUCUUUGUUCGGGACGUAAGGAAACGGGCUACAGUAGAUGACUGUUUGAGACAUCCAUGGAUACGAAUUGUGGGUUUUUCUGAUGUAGAUCCUGAAGAAAGUGGGCCUUGGAAUAUUAAAGAACUUGCGGGUUUAUCCUUAGCUGAAACGCGGUCUUAUAAAAUACGGUUAAAAUGGAAGAAAGCAAUAGACGUUAUUAUAGCGUGUAAUAAACUAACUUCGAAGACUCGUUUGGCACUUAGGAAAGCAUCCGAAAACGGGCGGACUAUUGAUUCUCGAUUUGAUCCGGAAGAGUUAAUUCUUUCCGCAGUAUUAAUUGCUUGCGAGGAGGGUAAUCUAGCUGGUCUGGAUCAACUUCUGACCCUUCAUAGAUUCAACUUAAACGUCGCCAACAGAUUGGGUGAAACGGCGAUGCAUGUUAGCGCUGGCGCUGGGCAGUAUGAAGUGGUCCGAUAUCUUCAUUUAAAAGGUGCGUCGUCAGGAAGUGUAGACCGGCGUGGAGACACUCCUCUGUUUUGGGCAGCACGACAUGGACAUGCUCAAGUCGUGCGAUACAUACUUGAAGAAAAAGCUGAUGUGAAUUUUGUCAACAAAAGCAAGGAAACAGCCCUUCACGUAGCUACGCGGUAUGCGCAAUUGGAAACAGCAUUACUGCUGCUUGAAUAUGGUGCAGACGUUUCACUGCAAGACGAACAGGGUGAAACUGCGUUACAUGUUGCUAGUUGGCACGGUUAUGGUAAACUGUUAGCCGCGUUGUGCCGAUAUAGUCCACGUUUUGAUGCAAAAAACCAGGAUGGAGAAACAGCACUGCACUGUGCCGCUGCCAGAGGUCAUACAGAAUGUGUUCAGUCGUUGCUGGAAGCCGGAGCUCCUGUCGACGAUCUUGAUCAGGAUGGGCAAACUGCUUUGCAUCUUGCUCUACGUCGUUCGCAUAUUGAUAUAGCUUUGUUGCUUAUAACUAAAGGAUGCAAACUAGACCUUCAAGACGAGAACGGAGAGACGCCACUGCAUAUUGCUAGCCGUUUGGGUCUCCUUUCGGUGGUACAAACGCUUUGUCAUCUAGGCGCCGCAAUUGACAUUCCUAACACUGUGAGGCUUUUGCCUUCCUUUUGGCAGGGAAAUGUUAGAGGGAUAAGAACGCCUACGAAUUCACAGCUUCCAAUUCGUUUUGGUUCAUUAACAGCUUUGCAUAUUGCGGCGAAAGAAGGCUUCAUUGAAAUCGUACGUUGCUUGUGCUUUUUUGGAGCGAACGUUUUGAAAAAAAAUAAGGAUGGACUAACUGCAGAAAUUAUUGCUCUUGCUCAAGAACAUACAAAUAUCGGUACUCUCCUUGCUAAAAUGAAAACCGCGAAAGAACUUUAUGUUGAGCAACUGUGUUCUUUGGAAACUCCCUUACGGCGGAUAAAACUGAAAGUAUUUGGUCAUUCCGGAGUUGGUAAAUCACGUCUAAUAUGUGCUUUACAAAGCAGUAGCGUUAUUGGAACAUUGAUAGGUGCUGUUUCGCGAAGAUUUUCUGAUAAUCCUUCACCGUCUUCGUCUACUGCAAGUUCCUCGAAGGAUGAAGGCCUAAGUUCGACGGAUGAGUCUGUGGAAUCUAAUAAUAAUCACAGAACUGCAAAGCGCCGUGGUCCUCCACAUUUACAGUACACUCGUGGAAUAGAUGUACAGAACGUAACUUUGCAAGGUUGCGGUGAGUUCUCCGUUUGGGAGUUUGGCGGUUACAAGCCCUAUCAUAUGGCCUAUGACCAUUUCGUAGGUAACACAGACUGCAUCCACAUGGUUGUUUUUCGCAGCACUGACCCAACAGAAGUGCAGUAUAAGCAAGUACUUUAUUGGAUGAACUUUUUGAAAGGAAGAGUUACACCUAGUGAGCCUAUAGGACACUGCGGCAUCGUUUCUCGUCGUAGCAAGGUCGUCAUAAUUGGAACUCAUGCGAGUGCCUCGCUCUUUCCACAGAGAGGCGUUGAUGGAGAAUACAUAUCAUCUGAUGGUGAAGCAAUGUUAAAAACGAUAAAAUUGCGCUUUGAAACUCAUUUUGAUAUACAUGACCAACUAAUUCUAUUGGAUUCAACUCAUACAAGCUGUCCAGGCAUGAAAAGUUUAAGGAAUUAUCUCAGCAAAGCGAGAGAAGGGAUUCUCUCAAAGUUGCAAAAGCCGAUGGGACUUGUGGAUGCAUGCAUGCAGUGCCUGGUGACGUUAAGAAAGCAAUAUUGCCAUUUCCCCGUUUUAACUUGGCCUAACUUUACUGAAAUAUUAAGGGAUGACAUAAAUCCUCUGGCUGGAGACAACCACUGUAGACAGCUAAUUCAGCAGUUGCAGCUCAUUGGGGAGGUAGUGUAUUUGCGUGACGAAACAUCAGAGUUAGAUUAUGUGGUGCUUUCACCUGAAUGGUUGGGGACGCAUAUCAUAGGCUAUUUAUUGUCAGCAGAGUUCCUAUCACGCUGCAGGGCCAAUGGUUGCUACUCUGUUGAUGACUUUUCUCAGAUAUAUCCAGAAAUUGCGGAGCCAGCAGAUUUGAUUCGGAUUUUGGAUACAUUACAGUUCUGUGCUCCUUUGGAUGGAAAUGGAGAAGCAGAUUGUGAAUUCCCAGCGUUUGAUGUCCUUGAAGUACCACGUGACAUCUGGCUUCGUGACCGACCGUCGUAUGUCUAUGGAGGAGUAAGGGUACUUCCUAUGAGGGGGAUGGAACGUUCUUUGCAGAGUACUUUUCCCAGAAUUCAGGUUGCUUUACGUAGGUCCAUGAGAGAUUUCCAAGAUCCUAUGGAUGCAGAUUUAUCUCAGUGGCUUGACUGCAGUAAAAUGAGUUCAGGACAAAUGGAGGCGUUGAUACGGUUACAUCGUGAUGCUGUAGAAGUUCAAGUUAGAGGUCCAUGUGAACUUGCAACUUCCUGUUUUUAUUUCUUAGAAGAUGUGACCAAUUUAGUAGAACAAACUGCGCAGGAAGUAGCUCCUGGGAUCUCAUUGGAGCGCCACUUUUUAUCCCCAAAACACCUUCGAGAGCACCAUCCAAAUCCUGCAGUUUACGCACCGGAGACAAUAAUGGCCAUGCAACAAGCAGAAUCAUUAACUAUCAAAAACAAUCAAGAAGGAGAAGAAUAUUUUACUGAUGUAGUUUGUUUCGGAUCCAGAGAUGUAGCUGCAAUUUUGACUCUUGGAAUAGAUGUAAGCGUUGCCCAGUUACAAUUGGCGUCUCGUUGCGAGUUGGCAUCACUUUUAGAUCCUGCUGAUGCGAUGGGAAGGGAUUGGUCAAUUUUGGCAGUAAAAUUAUCUUUAAUGGAUCAGCUCCCCGAAGUUGACUCAACUGGUCAGAGCCUUUCGAGAACAGAUCAACUUCUUGCUGAAUGGGCUUUACAAUGCCCAGAAACUGCAACUGUAGGGCGUCUUUGCAGCGUAUUAGAGGAACUUGGAAGACAAGAUGCCAGAGAUGCUUUGUACAGGACUGUCCCGCUUUAUCUCUUUGCUCCUCUGGAUGAACAACCGUCAGCCAACUUGAUCGACUGUAGGGACUCAGGUGUUGUGUCCUCAACGCAAUCGACAACUGAUCCAAGUCAAAGUUCUCCGUCAUAG